AAAAGCGAUUUCUUCCUACCCAACGUCCUUUUUGUUCUCUCAGAGUGUUUUUAUCUCACUCAUCUACCACCUCUUCGAUCUUUAUUUUCCGCUGUAUCAACUACCAGCAUAUCCGGCUUUUCCGGUGGAGUGAGCAGGGAUAUGACUAUAUGAGCUUUUGCAGUUGCUCGAUUGGCUGAUCUCGUUGCUUGAUCGGCCGAGUUUUGGUAGGUUUUUGCUGGAUUUUGUGUAGUUUGCUUCAGUGGGAUCUGAUUCUCCUUAGAAACUAUGUUUCUACUCGAUUGGUUCUAUGGCGUUCUCGCGUCGCUUGGUCUUUGGCAGAAAGAAGCCAAGAUCUUGUUUCUGGGGCUUGACAAUGCCGGGAAGACGACCUUGCUUCAUAUGUUGAGAGACGAGAGAUUAGUUCAGCAUCAGCCUACACAGCAUCCGACAUCAGAGGAAUUGAGUAUUGGCAAAAUCAAGUUCAAGGCCUUUGAUUUGGGGGGUCAUCAGAUCGCUCGCAGAGUUUGGAAGGAUUACUAUGCUAAGGUUGAUGCAGUGGUAUACCUGGUGGAUGCAUAUGACAAGGAGAGGUUUGCAGAGUCAAAGAAAGAAUUGGAUGCCCUACUUUCAGACGAAUCUCUGGCUAAUGUUCCAUUCCUUGUAUUGGGGAACAAGAUUGACAUACCCUAUGCGGCAUCAGAAGAUGAGCUGCGAUACCACUUUGGGCUGACGAGUUUUACCACAGGCAAGGGGAAGGUUAUCCUUGCAGAUUCAAAUGUCCGUCCCCUUGAAGUGUUCAUGUGCAGCGUUGUUCGCAAAAUGGGCUACGGUGAUGGCUUCAAAUGGUUAUCUCAAUACRUCAAGUAGAAGCGAUACAUAGAGAACCCAACUACUCAGAUGGUAUUUCCUGUUUGCUGCAUUUUUCUGACUGGUGUAGACUCGGAUACAUAUUCCAAAUAGUGUACCAAGUAUUUAAUCAAUCAUCGAUUCAUCACUUCUAUGUAAAAGUUGUGUACCAGAAAAAUGUCUGGUUUGUUAGCCUCCUUUCAUUUCUAAUACUUGUCACUUCUGUUUUGUUUGAUAAAUUAUGGGAAAAGGAAGUCUCAUUUUGUUCUCUCCA